UUAUUCCUACAACAUUGUUCAAUUAACAGGCCUGAAGCCCAGUUUUGGAAUAAUCUUUAUAUGGGCUUUUCUUCACUUUAGCCAAACUGUUCCUAGAAAACAUGCUUGAGAAGAGCAACUUGUUUGAAUUUCGGUUUGUUAACGAUAUCGCAUUUCGUUCUUUCUUCGUUAUUAGUUCGUUGAUAUUUGAAAUAUCAUAAUGAAAAAAUUGUAACGUGCAAGUCUAAUCUCAAUGACACACCCAAGGAAGCAACUAAUCUGAUUUUGACGUUAGUUAUCAUUUAACUAAUCGUAUACUAAUAUAUUACAUUAAGAAAAAGAAAAAAAAAGUAUGUUAGCAAAUUAUAAUAGUCUUUCUUGGCCUCCACGAAAUUUACUAAUCAAAACUAACCAAACGCGUCAGAGAAAAAUUUAUCAAAUUAACGUAAACAUCAUUUUCUUAGAAUGAAUCCCACACAACCCAUUACUUCUUUUAUGUGAAAAGCUUCUAACAAAACCAAAUUUUUAUGAUAAAAAACGACUAGAGCGAGAGAGAGAAAGUCGUUGAAGCAAAUGUUCCUGGAACAUUUGAAUCAGAAUCACAUUAGUUUAAUUCAUUACACAAGGUCAAAGCUUAUCCUUCACAUAAACAAAUACUUAGGUUUGGUUUCAGACUUGCGUGCGAUACAUAACAAAUCAAGCAUCAUUGUCAUUGUUAUAUAUAUAUAUAUACAUAUAUAUUUAAACACAAACAUUUUGUCAUCAAAAAAGAGAAGCAAAAAAACAUAGAACCUGAUAAAAGGGCUUGAGUGUUAUGGAGAUCAAGGUUGAUGAAGAAGCUGGGAUCGAUGAUGCUCAUCGCAUAAUAGAAGCAGAGAAAGUUCGUCGCAGGAUAGAAGCAGAGAAACUUCGUCGCAUGAUCCAAGAAGAGAAAGUUCCACUUCUGGAGGAUGAUAAAAUUCUAAUCCAAACUCGGGAGUUUCCUGCAAUAGAAAGAAACACAUGGAUACAAAAGGCAAUAGGUCAAACAUUUCAAACCACAUCUCAUCUAGCUAACCUUUUACCAACAGGGACAGUUCUUGCAUACCAAAUCUUGUCACCAAUUUUCACAAACGCUGGAAGCUGCAGUUUGGCUAGCAGAUUCAUGACCGCAACGCUAGUUUUCAUCUGUGGAUUCUCUUGUUUCAUACUUAGCUUCACAGAUUCUUACAAGGACUUGAAUGGAAACUCUUGCUAUGGAUUUGCUACGUUCAAUGGCUUCUGGAUCAUCGAUGGCUCAGCUACUCUUCCUCCAGAACGUGCCACAACUUAUAAGUUACGGUUUAUAGACUUUGCACACGCUAUAAUGUCGUUUCUGGUGUUUGGAGCUGUGGUUAUGUUUGACCAGAAUGCGGUUAAGUGUUUCAUCCCUGUACCAUCAGCUGAAGAAGCUGAGAUUCUUACAGCUUUGCCCGUAGGAAUAGGUGUGUUUUGUAGUAUGUUGUUUGCUACAUUUCCUACUACACGUCAUGGUAUUGGUUUCUCCCUCUCUGAUAAAUGAUGUUCUGAUUAAAUCAUUUAAAAUGUCAAAAUCUUUUGGAACUUCU